UGAUCCCUAAAGUCGAGCGGCAGUGAGGUGCAAUUACUUCUCUAUAUAUGUCACUGGCUCGUAAAGGAACUAACAAAUCCAGCCUCUCAAAUAUGGGGGUCUUUUAUCAAGAAGACCCACCAAAUCCUUCUAAGAAAUCCUUUCUAGCAGCUGCUUUGAAGGAUGCAUUUUGCUACUGCCAUACUUUUAGCAGACAGCUAACAAAUUCAAACGCAGAGGACAUAUAUCCUACGAGUGACUUCGACGAUGAAGAGGAAGAAAUUGUAUCAGAAAUCAGAAGUCGAGCAAUGGAAAAGUUGAGACGAAAGACUAACCUGUCGGACAGCUUUUCCUGGGUUUUCUCACCUGCAACCAAAGAAUUGUAUAUAACAUCAAUGGAGAUUGAGAAAAUGGGUGAGUCUAGAAAUGAAGAUAACACAGGAGAUGAAUUCUACUCAGUUCAGAGUUUUCUCACAUGUUGUUCGAGUGCUGCAACCAAGGAAGCAUUCUUUUCUGUGGAGGCCAACUUUUCCCAAGGUUCGAGCUUAAAUGGUCUUGAUUUUGUAGACGAAGAUCUCAAGAGGCAUACUGCCUUGCAGGAACUUUGUCAUUGUGAAGGAUGGCCGUUCGGUCUUUGCAGGAAGGCACUGUUCCUUCCUCCUCUGCCCAAAUCGCCGUCUGAAUCUUGGUCAUGGAGUAAAUGGAAUAAAGGCACCAAAGUUGUAAAGACAUAUUGAUGUCCAAGUCCUGUGCUAAGUUUCGAUGGCAAUGUUGGGAGUGAAGAGUCCAACAGACCUCCUCCAAGCUAGUGGUCUGAUUAUAUCCAAUUUUCACCUCUUCUUUACUUCAUAAA